AUGGAACUUGUGAGGCGAAGAAGGGCGAGUUCACCUGCAUUUGUCAACCAGGUUACAAGGGACCUGAAUGUGAAACAGAUACUGGAUCUGCUCAUCAUAAUGGACAUUUCUACCUCUGUCAAUCAAAGUGAAUAUGAGAAAAUGAAGACCUUUGUGGUGGAUGCCAUGAGCAAGAUAAACAUAAGCUCAGCUGGAACUAACGUGGCUUUCAUGGUUUUCUCGGGAACAGCUGAAGUCGUAUUCCACUUGAAUACAUUCCGUGACAACAAGGCAAGCGUCAUGACAGCCAUCAGUUCUCAAAAACACAAAGGUGGGAGCACAUUCCUCGGGGAUGCCUUUGAAUUAGCAACGUCUGAAGUCUUCACAGAAACCAAUGGCAAUCAGUCUGACGCCGAAAACGUGGUACUUCUCUUCACUGACGGGAAAACCAGCGCUGAUGAAGAUGUGCAAAGUAGCAUUGAUGAGUUGAAAGCUAUGGCGGAAGUAUUUGUGGUGACAGUCACCGCAAAGUCGGACAACACUACCGUCGACUUCGUAGCUUCUUCCCCAGCUCUGAGUCACGUGUUUCACAUCGAUGCUCCUGAAACAGCCAGCAGCAUCAAGAACGUCACCACGGGCGAGACAUGA